UUUUGCAUUUCUGUGACCACAAAUUUUAUUCUUAAAAACCCAGUUUUUCAUUUCCACAUCAACAUUUUUUGUUCUCUGAAAUCUUAUUUGUGAUGGCUUUGAAUUUGGUUUCUCCAGCUGAAAUCAAAGCCUUAUCGUUCUUGGACUCCACAAAGUCCAACCACUCCCACAAGCUCUCAGUCUCAGUUGGAUAUAAUUUGAAGAGGAAGGAUCAUAGAGUGGUAUUUGGGAAAAAUAUUCGUUGUUUGGCACAGGGACCUCCACCGGCCUGGCCAGGACGAGCCGUUCCUGAGUCUGGUCGUAAGACUUGGGAUGGUCCAAAGCCUAUCUCCAUUGUUGGAUCAACUGGGUCAAUUGGAACUCAGACAUUGGACAUUGUGGCAGAGAAUCCUGAUAAAUUCAGAGUUGUGGCACUUGCAGCUGGUUCAAACGUAACUCUUCUUGCAGAUCAGGUGAAAACAUUCAAACCUCAACUAGUAGCCGUUAGAAAUGAGUCCUUAGUUGAUGAACUCAAGGAAGCUUUGGCUGAUGUUGAACCAAAACCUGAGAUUAUUCCUGGGGAGCAAGGAGUUAUAGAGGUUGCCCGCCACCCAGAUGCAGUUACUGUAGUUACAGGAAUAGUAGGUUGUGCAGGACUAAAGCCUACAGUCGCUGCAAUCGAAGCAGGGAAAGACAUAGCUUUGGCCAAUAAAGAGACCCUGAUAGCUGGAGGUCCCUUUGUCCUUCCUCUAGCUCACAAGCAUAACAUAAAAAUUCUUCCUGCUGAUUCAGAACAUUCUGCCAUAUUUCAGUGUAUUCAAGGCUUGCCGGAAGGUGCACUUCGACGCAUUAUUUUAACCGCGUCUGGUGGGGCUUUCAGGGAUUGGCCUGUUGAUAAACUGAAAGAUGUUAAAGUUGCUGAUGCCUUGAAGCAUCCUAACUGGAAUAUGGGGAAAAAGAUCACUGUUGACUCUGCUACCCUUUUCAAUAAGGGUCUAGAAGUCAUUGAAGCCCACUACCUGUAUGGAGCUGGAUAUGAUGAUAUUGAAAUUGUGAUUCAUCCGCAAUCUAUCAUCCAUUCGAUGGUUGAAACACAGGAUUCAUCUGUUCUGGCACAGUUGGGGUGGCCUGAUAUGCGCUUGCCCAUUCUCUACACAAUGUCGUGGCCAGACAGAAUCUAUUGCUCUGAAGUGACUUGGCCUCGCCUUGAUCUUUGCAAGCUUGGUUCACUAACAUUUAAAGCUCCUGACAAUGUAAAAUACCCCUCGAUGGAUCUUGCAUAUGCUGCUGGACGGGCUGGUGGCACAAUGACAGGUGUUCUUAGUGCUGCUAAUGAGAAAGCUGUAGAGAUGUUUAUUGAUGAAAAGAUUAAAUAUCUAGAUAUUUUCAAGGUUGUGGAGCUAACAUGUGAUCAGCAUCAGAAGGAGUUGGUGACUUCACCUUCCCUUGAGGAAAUUAUACAUUAUGACUUGUGGGCACGGAAAUAUGCUGCCAGUUUGCAAGAGUCUUCCCGUGCAAGUCCUGUUCUUGCAUGAGUGAAGCUAGCCCUUGUUGGCCUGUAUAAAGUUGGUCCAACUUGGAAUGGAGAUGUUGCCAAAAAUUAGCAUUUUUGCUAAGGAUGGUUUUGCCGGUUUUGGCAAAAAGAGGAGAGAAAAAGGAAAGAGGGGGGGGGGUGGGUGUGGGUCCAGUGACUGUAUCAUUAAUGGGUUUGGGGAAAAUUGAGCAAUUGUAUCGAACAUGUAUAAAAAUGAAAAUAGGUAUCUGAAAUGUGUUCCCAAUGAUAGGUUUUCGAAUGUUUGAAUGCGUA